AAAGGGAGCAGUAGUGCAGUACCACCAAAAUCUGUAGUAGAUUGUGCCAAAGAAAUCUCCCUCUCUCUCUUUGAUUAGUCAGCCGAGAAAUUGAUUUAUAUAGACAGCCAUUUGGCGCCUAAGAAGUUAGAGCAGAGCAGAGUUAAAAAUGAAGAGGAAUCCCAUCUCUACAACACACCUCUUAAUCUUAUCCGUCUUUUGCAUCAUCGUCUCUGUAACAAUUGGCGUCGCGUAUGGCAGGGUACCGAAUCCGGCAGGCUUCAAAAUCCGAGCAGUGAACCUUGGAGGAUGGCUGGUCACGGAAGGCUGGAUCAAACCUUCUCUCUUCGACGGCAUACCCAACAAAGAUUUCUUGGACGGAACCGAACUUCAGCUGAGAUCAGUCACCGUCGGGAAGUACCUGUGCGCAGAGAACGGCGGCGGGACUAUCAUUGUCGCAAACAGAACAUCGGCAUCUGGGUGGGAGUCGUUCAGACUGUGGAGAAUCAACGAGACGAGUUUCAAUCUGAGGGUGUUCAACAAGCAAUUCAUGGGGCUCGGUGGUGGGGAUGGAAACAAGGUUGAGAUUGUGGGGAUCUCCGAGACGGCCGGAGAAUCCGAGACGUUUGAGAUCGUGAGGAGGGAGAGCGACCCAAGUCGGGUUCGGAUCAGAGCCGCUUCGAAUGGGCUGUUUCUGCAAGUGAGGAGCGAGGAACUGGUGACGGCGGACAGUUCAGGGGCUGGGGAUUGGGGAGACGACGAUCCCUCGGUUUUCGCGAUGACAAUAUCUGGGAGAUUGCAAGGAGAGUUUCAGGUCACCAAUGGCUACGGUCCAAGUUUGGCGCCGCAAGUUAUGAGGGAACAUUGGAACACAUUCAUAGUGGAAGAGGAUUUUAAGUACAUAUCCGAGAAUGGGAUAAAUGCGGUGAGAAUACCAGUGGGUUGGUGGAUAGCCAGUGAUCCGAACCCGCCUCCACCCUUCGUAGGCGGCUCCUUGCAAGCCUUGGACAACGCCUUCUCUUGUGCACAGUAACUACCCUCUCAACCUUUAUAUUUUUACAUAUUGCAUAUAAACAUAAAUGAGCAUAGAUAAUUAAAGUUGAAGGUGUUAAUGAUACAAAUUAGUUCUUUUCUAUAUUAAAUACUUCAACGUAGUUUAGUUAUGUUAUGUACCAAUCACACCUUUUUUUUAGGGUCAAACAUCUUAGUUUGGCAACACUUUACACUAAAAAAUUACUUUGGCUGAACUUUUUGAAAUCUCUAAUAUGUCUAAACUUCCAAAAUAAUUAUCCCACUUUGCCUGACUUUUUGGUUGACCGUUGGAAGGUCAAUAUCUCGACCCUUAGUGGGUCACUCUCUAUAACUUAGGUGGAUGCCAUAUCAACUAAAAUUUUAAAUUAGAUUUUAAAGAUAAUAUAAAAAAAUUCAUAUAUUUUAGUAAAUAUCAUAAAAUAAAAAAUAUUAAAAAAUAAAACAUUGACACAUUG